UCUUAUUAGACAAGAUUUAACAGCCAUCUUCUCUCUCUCUCUCUCUCUCUCUCUCUCUCUCUCUCUCUCUCUCUAUCUCUCCUCCACUCAUACUUCAGUUGCAGAUCUUCGUAGCAAGAAGAAUCUGCAACUAUGGAAUUCAGCUUCAAAUUCUCAACUCCCUCCAUUGUGCUGCUGUUCAUGCUAUCUUUCUUCUCCAUCCCUUCCACAGAAGCAUAUGAUGCACUUGACCCGAACGGAAAUAUCACAAUAAAAUGGGACGUUAUCUCUUGGACACCCGAUGGCUAUGUGGCUGUAGUAACAAUGUUCAACUUCCAACAAUAUCGUCACAUUCAAGCACCGGGCUGGACUCUGGGGUGGACGUGGGCGAAGAAGGAGGUGAUAUGGAGCAUGAUGGGAGGUCAAACAACAGAGCAAGGGGAUUGCUCAAAGUAUAAAGGGAAUGUCCCACAUUGCUGCAAGAAAGAUCCCACAGUCGUGGACCUAUUGCCCGGAACUCCCUAUAACCAGCAGAUUGCAAACUGUUGUAAAGGAGGGGUGAUUGGUUCUUGGGGACAGGAUCCAUCCAAUGCAGCAAGCUCCUUCCAAGUCAGUGUUGGCGCCGCUGGAACCACAAACAAAACUGUGAGGGUCCCCAGGAACUUCACCUUGAGAGCACCCGGUCCUGGAUAUACCUGUGGACCUGCCAAAAUCGUGAAGCCUACUAAAUAUGUGUCUUCUGAUGGGAGGAGAGUCACUCAGGCUAUGAUGACAUGGAAUGUUACAUGUACAUAUUCACAGUUUCUGGCUCAAAAAACUCCCUCUUGCUGCGUCUCGCUCUCAUCCUUCUACAAUGACACCAUUGUUCCUUGCCCGACGUGCACAUGUGGAUGCCAAAACAACGUCACAGAUCCAGGAAGCUGUGUCAAUCCGGACUCACCGUACCUAGCUUCAGUCGUUUCACAACAAGAGAAGACCAACAAGUUCGCACCUCUAGUCCAAUGCACGAGCCACAUGUGCCCCAUUCGCGUCCACUGGCACGUGAAGCAGAACUACAAGGAUUAUUGGAGGGUUAAGGUCACCAUAACAAACUUCAACUACAGGAUGAAUUACACAUUGUGGAACUUAGUAAUCCAACACCCCAACUUCGACAACUUAACGCAGAUAUUCAGCUUCAACUACAAGCCACUCAAUCCAUACCAAGACAUAAAUGACACUGCGAUGCUAUGGGGAGUUAAGUACUACAACGACCUGCUGAUGGAAGCCGGCCCUCUGGGAAACGCGCAAUCAGAGUUCCUAUUCCGCAAGGACAAAUCCACCUUCACUUUCGAGAAGGGUUGGGCCUUCCCUAGGAGGAUUUACUUCAACGGGGACAACUGCGUGAUGCCACCUCCUGAUGAAUAUCCGUAUCUACCAAGUGCCACCACGCGACAGAAUGUCUCCUUCCUUCAGCUGCUUGUUGCUCUCUUGGCUCUUCUGUUUGGGUGUUUUUAACAGACAAUUAGCAUCAUCGAGGAGGAUGAGGAUUCAAUGUUCUUGGCGUUGCUACGGGAGAGAUCAUACAACACGCAGUGGGUUCAGGUGCACAAAAACUUGUGCAUGCCAUGAGAAAUGGUUCCAAUUCAUGCUACAGUUGUGGCUCUUUUUUAUAGUACCCCAGGGAUGCCUUUUCUGUUCUAGUUGCAUGAUACUUUCUUUACUGCAUGUAGAUCGUGGUUGUUGAUAUACUUUUAUGUAUAGGAUUGUGGUGAGAAUAUCAACAUUUUGAUAGUUACAGUGAGAUUUUUACUCUAUGAUUUUUUAAGUAGUGUUGAGUAUAAAAGUUGCUUAAUUAUAGAAAACGCUCUUUUGCUUAAA